UUCACAGAGACGCAGUGGAGGAGUCGUUAAACAGUCCUCCUUGAACUUCGACAGAUAUGGAAAGUACAAAACAAUAUUCUAAUAAAAUGUUUCAUGCGAUCUUCAGAGCUGUCUGCACGUCUACUGUACUACUUGUUUUGAUUUUUGGUCGGGGUGAGGGCUCCUCCCUGCACCGCCCCGAGAGCAUCUCCAACCCCCUGUCCCUGGAGAAGAACUUCAGACGGCACCCCAGGGACUCCCAGUGCCACCACAUGCUCAAGCACCUCCACAACGGGGCGCGGAUCUCUGUGCAGAUGCCCCCCAACAUCGAGGGCCACUGGGUGUCCACAAGCUGUGAAGUGAGGCCUGGCCCGGAGUUCAUCACCAGGUCCUACCAGUUCUACCACAACAACACCUUCAAGGCCUACCAGUUCUACUACGGGGACAACCACUGCACCACCCCCACCUACACGCUGGUCGUCCGCGGCAAGCUGCGCCUGCGCCAGGCCUCCUGGAUCAUCCGCGGCGGCACGGAGGCCGACUACCAGAUCCACCGCACCCAGGUGGUGUGCCACAGCGAGGCGGUGGCCAAGGACCUGAGCCAGCGGCUGAACCGCAGCUGCCGGGGGGCGGUGAGGGGCGAGGGGGCCUGGGAGCCCAACGUCAGCCACGACCUCUGGAGCGCGGAGAUGGACUGCGACUGCUCGCGCGGCCUCAACUUCGCCAUGCACGAGCUGCAGCUGCUGCGGGUGGAGAAGCAGUACCUGCACCACAACCUGGACCACCUGGUCGAGGAGCUCUUCCUGGGGGACAUCCACACCGAGCCUGCCCAGAGGAUGUACUACCGGCCCUCCAGCUACCAGGCUGCCCUGCAGAACGCCAAGAACCAUGACCACACGUGCAUCGCGUGCCGUAUCAUCUACCGCUCCGACGAGUACCACCCGCCCAUCCUGCCGCCGAAAGCGGACCUGACCAUCGGGCUGCACGGGCAGUGGGUGAGCCAGCGCUGCGAGGUCCGCCCCGAGGUGCUCUUCCUCACCCGCCACUUCAUCUUCCACGACAACAACAACACCUGGGAGGGCCACUACUACCACUACUCGGACCCCGUCUGCAAGCACCCCACCUUCAGCAUGUACGCUAGGGGGCGCUACAGCCGCGGUGUGCACUCCACCCGCGUCAUGGGCGGCACCGAGUUUGUCUUCAAAGUGAACCAUAUGAAGGUGAUGCCCAUGGACCUGGCCACUACCUCUCUUCUGAACGUCUUCAACGGGAACGAGUGUGGGGCGGAGGGCUCCUGGCAGGUGGGCGUGGAGCAGGACGUCACCCACACCAACGGCUGCGUGGCCCUGGGCAUCCGGCUGCCCCACACCGAGUACGAGCUCUUCCGCAUGGAGCAGGACGCCCGCGGCCGCUACCUGCUCUACAACGGCCAGCGGCCCAGCGAUGGCUCCAGCCCCGACCGGCCCGACAAGAGGGCCACCUCCUACCAGACACCCCUGGUCCAGUGCGCCACCAGCAGCCAGGGGUCAGAUGUCGACGCGGAGGGCGCGCACCGAGCCCUGAGGCCUAGCAGCGGCUGCCAACAGCACGGUCGUGGCAGCCUGGUAGACAUUAUAGGCGCCCUGCUCAUCUCCGCUGCCGCCCUGCGGCUCAGCUAAGACAGACGGACCUUUGUUUUCACUGUACAGAUUGGGAUGGAAGAGGAGGAAGUCCUGAGUUAUCAGGCACACUGGAGGCCGCUGCCCCCACGGAGAGACUGUUUACAUGACGCACUCGAGUGGCUCGAAAGUUUCGCCUCUUCACGCUGCGGGGGCAAAGAUCGGGGGGAAGCAAGAGGAGAUGAGUCCUUUGAUGCUUCGCGUUUGAACUCGAGACGUGAAACUGCCACACCACAGUAACUGCACUUUAUACAGACCUACAACAGUAUAACAUCUAGCUACACUAGACCAACCUACAUGGGUAUUUUAUAUUUACAUGCAUAUAGUGUAGAAAUAUCACUUUUUUUACAUGGCUGAAAGGAGUCAACAAGGAAUGAGCCGAUGAUUUCAGCUCUGAAUUUGUCUGCAUUGAAUUCUCUGUUGUGUUGAAUGCAGCGGCUUUGAGUGCUGAUUGUGAAGAGGCAGUUUACAAAAAGAACUGUUUCAAGAUGGUAUCUAAAAGGGAACUACAGUGUGUUGUACUGGUCCAACUGUCUAUGAGGACAGGAGAGAAAAAUGGACACUCCCAGGGCAUAUUAUGUUUUUUUACAUUUGCUUCUUUUCUUCACCCUGAUUUUGUAAUUAGAAAACAAAA